AUGCCUGUAGCCAGCCAAAAUAUGGAUAUACUUAAGGACAGCGAUAUAUUGCUAAGUUCUGCAACUCUUAUUGCCUGUCUCGCUAUAGAUGCUAGGUUUCGAACUACCCUGGUUAACCAGGGCAUCGUUAGUGUUCUGUGCAAGGUUUUUUCCCACUUCCCAUCUUUCAAAUUUCGCAAGCGAUGUCUUUGGGCAUUUAUUAAUUUGUUAACUAAUGUCUCUGAGCUCAAAAUGAUUUUGGAAAGUGACUGUUUCGAAAUUGCUGUUAGGUGUUUCUUAGAAAGCGUUAUGUGCUCUUCAAAUUUAUUUCUUGAGAAUGAGAAUAUUACCUCAGGCCACUCAAAAGUAAUAGGGGCUCAAGAUAAAUUAGAAGAGUGUACUAACGCAUUCGUUCAUAAGAAAGAUAUUGAAGAGAAUAAGGAUUCUCCCUUAGUGAACUAUAGAGUUAUUGCACUGGAAUUCUUUUUACACUGCUUUAAAUUAAAACCUGACCGUGAACUCUUAUAUUUUAUGUUGAAACAAGGGCUCCUUAAGACCACUUUACUUGUAUUUAUAACUUGCUCAGAAAAAGAAUUACAGUUGCCGGAAGUUUCAUGUCUAAAACUUUUAACGUUAAUGAUGCGGUUUAUACAAGUCGAGGCUAACCGGGAGCAGCGAAAAGCUAUUAGCAGUUGCGAGCGUGCUAAGCUUGUUUAUUGUUCGUUUUUUGCCACCCAAUUAGAAAAGGAUUUUGUGGAAAACGCCCUUUAUCAAAGGUACAAGGCUAUUCUUCAGCUGAAGUUAACUCUGUUUAUUGAACAAUCUAGCGAUCAGCAGAAAAGCUUGCAAUACUGUUUAUUCUCGCUAUAUUCUUGGGUAUCCUUUUCUUUUCCUGCCCGCAAUAACUUUAUAGAAUUUAUUCCCUUCGUGGUGUCCGUGUUGAAAAGCACACGUAGUGAGUUCCUAACAACUCUACUUUGCUGCCUGUUGUCGAAGCUAUGUGAAGGUUCUGGUGGAAGAUUCAACUUGAAAACGUCACAAGGAGUGCCAUUUUUGGUAACAGAGCUGCAAAGGCAAAUUCGUACAGGUGGAGAAAUCAACGAACGUGAGCAUCAUAUUAUUGAGGGCUUUUUUGGAAAUAUCGUUUGCUCCCUACUUAAUAAUCUUUCCUGUUUAGCACGCGAUAAUGCUGUAGCACGUUCGCUGUUUAUUAAACAGGAGGAAAUAAAAUUAGAGACUGUCAACGGUUAUGUGUCUAGCAACAUUAGCAUUUCGGAGCUCCUUAAGAUUUAUAAAAAUGGCCUUGACUCAAGUAUCGGUAUUUUACAGCUUUUAUACUCUGUUUGCUUGCGUGACGACGAGGUGGUUUUUUUUAUUACCAGUAGAGAUGACUUGCUAGACUGUUUAAAAGAAAUGCGUUCUCUGCUUGACUAUCGUGAGCAAUAUUUUACAAACUCUUUGGAUAAAAUCGCCUUGAGAAAGGAUCUGUUUUAUAAAUUUGUUAAGACUCUCGUCACCAGCGAUUCUAUAUGGCAACUCCUUGACAAUGGCCUUUUUCAUUUUAUCUUUACGUAUAAAGCUCCGUGGCAAAAUGAACUCUUAGAAAGUUUAUUUCGGAAAGUCAGCAGUGCUGGUUUGGGAAGAUUGAAGUCAUUAAUAACCUACUCCAAGAAAAAUUUUAAAGAAGAUCAGUUUAGUUUGGAAAGAAAGGGUAGUAACAGUUAUGACUCAGAACCUCUCAACCUUUCGCCUCAACGCCAGGGACAAGAUACCGACUUUAUAGUGGAGCGGGUUAUGCCGCGCCAAAAGAACAGCGCUUUGACUUUUUUGGAAAUGUUGGGUCUCUUUAUUGCCGGACUGGCUCACGCCAACUACAAUGACUACGAAUUUAUGAAGCUUGUGUUCACGCACGCUUGUCUAAUUUUGAUAAACGGUAGCAGUAGAAUUGAUGGCGAGAAGCAACUGCAGCAAACAAUUUUUCUUGCAGGGUGUGUUGAAUAUUAUUACAAAAAUCAGAAGAGUAUUCCUAAUAGGUUUAUCGAGUCUGAGUCUCGCACGUGCAGGAAAAAAGGUUCUCUCUUCGAAAGAAGCCGAAAGACUACAGAAGAAACUCUGUCACUCUACAACGUUGUGCAAACUCUUAUGGUUGCGAAUAUAACUUGUGUGGGUGAUUUAAAACAUCGAUGUCUACAUUUGCUUUUCUCAAAUAUGAUAAGUGUAGUCAAAAUUCUCGCGAUGGAGUUUCUCACUUUAAAACCGACCAUAGGAAUGUUCUCGGAAUCCAGGAAGAUUGUUAACAUAAUUUUUUAUGUGAAGGGCCUUCUUGCUUUGCUUGGUGGUUCACCCCAACAGUACUCUUGUCGACUAAGGAUAACAAUAGGAACCAUGGUUUUGUCUCCAAUAAGAAUGGACUUAACCAAUUCCUUCUCACUAUCGUGGCAAAGCUCCAAAUAUAUACGACAGCAAUCCACACCUUGUUUUUAA